AUGAGACCUCAGCGUUCAUGUGCUGGUAAAAAACGAUAUAACCCAGAAGAAUAUGACACUGAUUAGUCAUAUAAAAAUUGUUUCGAUAUAUUCUGUACAGUACAUCUUAAGGAAAGAAUUAUUUCAGUCUGUAAAGAUUCUAAAUGUGAUCAAGAGUCUGCUCUUAUCUGUUCCAACUGUGUCUAAAGUCAUAAAAAACACAAAACGAUUCUCUUAAAUACAUUUUUUAAGGAUAUUUAACACUUUGAGCUUUAAGAAUACAAAAAUUUCAGAAAAAUAUUCGAAAGUAAUGAAAGAAGCAUUAAAGAUAACUUAGAUAAACUAGAGACUGUUUUCAAUCAAUUCGAAGAUUUAAAAAACUCAAAGGAAGAAAUCAACAAAAUCACUUAGUAAUUGGAUUUUUUUUAAAAGUAAUCAAAAAUUUAAAAGAAACAUCUCAAAAUGAUAAAGAGUGAUUAAUUCUUCGAAAUGGCUGAAUAAGAAACGGAUAUCUUUAAUAGUAAAGAUCCUUUAUUUGAUAUCAUAAAUUUGUUUGCAAAAUCUUUUUAUGCAUCAGCUAUGGUAAAAUCAUAAAAAGAAAAAGCAAAUACUGCAGUAUAUUUACUCAACCAAGAAACAAUAAUAUAAAAAAUGAAUGAACUUAAUGAAGAAAUAAAAUCUCAAAUUUCUAAGAUUAAUAAAACACAAAAGGAUAAAUAAUAGAUCGGAGAAACACCUAAGUACGGUGCACUAAUACCAAUCUGUUAUGCUGUUGCUCAUUCUACAAUAAAUUCCUCAUUACAGAUAGACCAAGAACUUUUUACUAGUGAAGAAAGAAAAGAUAUUGGUCUUAUAGGCUACAUUAAUAAAGAAAAAUUUUUAACUAUUGGAAGAAAUAAUUAAUUAAAAAUAUGGGAAGUAGAUAAAUUGAAUUGUGUAUUUAAUAUUCCAUUUUAACUUCCAGUAAAUCAGAGUUUUUUUUAUUGUAGAAAAAUGAAUUUAGUAAUAAUGAAUGGGCACCCAUAAACAAAAAAGGGUUUUUCUUUAAUGAAUUUCUAAAAUUAAAAUACAUCUUUGAAGCUUGUAAAGCAUUUUAAUGUUAGAAAUCAUUUAUUUGAUAGCAUUUUGAAUUCAUUCAUUAAAAACUAAAAAUUGCUUUUGAUUCAGAGACAAGGGACAAAAACUCAUGUAGGAAUGUUUGAUGUAAAAAGAAGAAAGUAUAUUAAAUAAUAUUUAUUCAAAGAUCAGUUUACUUUGAGUUGCUGCAUGCCAGAGAUACCUUCAUUCAUAGCUCUUGCAAGUAUGAAAACUAAUAGAUUUGGGUUCUUAAACCUUAUAACAGGAGAAGAAGUUAUGGAUAUUGCUGAUGAUAUAGACAAGUUUGCUAUUUAUACAAUAGAGCCAUUUAGAGAUACUGAUGGUGAGCUAUUCUUUGCAAUAAGUUUGACAACUAAUUUGACAUAAAACCACAUUGUUUUGAAUGAAGUUUAUGAAUACAAACUUCUAAUUUUCAAGCUUGACCAAAGCAACAACAAGUGGAUUUUAAUCUAUCAGAGUAAUUGGGGAAAUCAUAUAUUGUAAAUUUAACAUAGUAGAAAGCUUAAUGGGCUUCUGCUGCUUGAAGGAUUUGACCCAAAAAACUAUAAGCACUCAAACUAUUAAUAUAAUGAAGUUGAAUUUAAGAUGAAAAAUGAUGAGAGAUUUAGAUAUUUUAAACUAUCGUUUUUAGAUAUGUUUAAAUUUAAUCUUCAAACUUUAUUGACCCAGAAAAAUGAAAUUAUGUCAUUUUUACAUAAUGAUUUAAAUGGAAAAACAAUUUUAUUCUAAGAAAACUCAAUGAUAAAAGUUAAUUAAUUUAAUUACGAUUACAUUAAAUUAUGA